CCGUCCGCGAGGUCGGUCAUUUCCGAACAUGAAGUCCGAGUUGCAAGAGCCCUCGUCGCUCAUGGGCUGGCGCCGCGCCGCGCUCACCUUGGUCGUUGCCGACUUUACGGCUUUCCUCCUCCGCAUCGCGCUCGAGGUCUACCACUACGCUGUCAUGACACUCGUGCACCCGUGGCUGCUCGACGCCGCGACCUUUGUGCUGUUCUUCGCCGUGCCCGUGACACACAUUCUCCAGCUUUCCGUGCACGCGCGCAUCAAGGACGAUCAGCUCGUUGACGGCGCCUUCCGCGGCUACCAUGUGGCCAGCUGGGUCAUCUAUGCUCUCGCGCUCGUGGGGUCCAUGGCCGCUAGCCUUGAGCUGCGAACGCCCAUCGUCUUUAGCAGUCUCUCGGUCACGUGUCUCUGCUUCAUCGCCGAGAUGUUUAUGGUGUCUUCGAUCCUCGUGCUGGAGAAGGCCCAGAACGGCGCCGCGCCGCUCUUUGUGCACCACUACAUCCACUUGCUCGCGGUCGUCGGCGCGUGUAUCUUGGCCAUGAUCGCCGACGCGUCCAUCGGUUCUCUCUCUUCCGACGCGUCAUUAGGCUCGCUGCUCUUGUGCGUUGCCGCGGUCACGAGCACCUAUGGCCUCGGCGGUAUCAUCGCCAAAGAUACGCCGGGCUGGCGCUUCUUCCAGCCCUUCCGGGGCGGUGGUCGCUUCGUCCGCCUUCAGUUCAUGGCCUGGACAACAUUUUCCAUCUCACUGCUGCUGCAGACUCUCUUCCUCCUCUCGUUUCUUGUCAUCGAGCUGGAGGUUGUCGUCGGCCUCAUGAGCUAUGCAGCAGCCUCGGCGCUCUUCUCGCAGCUGAGUAUGAUGGUGAGCCUCCACAUGUACCAAAGCCCCGACGUCCCCGCACCCGUGACGCCGUGCUCGCUCGACCUGGCCGUCACAACGCUCCUCUGCAACCUCACGCUUUUCGGGUACUUGCCGUUUACAAUUCCGUUUCUCUACUCGGACCUCUCGUGGAGUACGGCGGCGGUCUACAGCGCGGCGUACAUUGUGGGCACGACGAUCAUGGCGAUCGCGAUGCCGUCCAUGACGGCGUACUACGACCACGUGACAAGAAAGGACGCCUCGGCCAAGUACCAUCCCAAGGUGUGGCUGUGCCCACUCUUUUUUUACAGUCUCCCGCUCGCGUCCGUCAUGUAUCACUACGUGCACGCACUCCCCGCACUCACGUCGACGAUCGUCAUGGGUGUCGCGUGGUACCUCUACUACAUUGGUACCAUGGUGGGCAUGCCGGCGCAAACUGGAUGUCGCUUUCGCCGAUCGUUUAUCGCAACGGGCAACCCCGUCAUGGAGGCCGUCGCGCGCUACUUUUCAGCGACCGUGCUCGCCUCGGGGCCAUUAGACCCGUCGGCCACGUACGUCUUUGGGUUUCACCCGCACGGCAUCACGCCGCUCACGGUCAUGUGGCUCCAGUUCUCGUCGUCGUGGCGCGCCUUGUACCCCAACGUGUUUGCGUGCCCUCUCUCGGCGUCCGUCGUGCACUACAUUCCGCUCCUCCGCGACGCCAUCCAGCUCUUUGGGGCGCGCGAGGUUUCCCGCAGGACCUUUGCCGCGUCGCUAGCGUCGCAGCAGUCGGUCAUGGUCGUGCCCGGCGGCCAAGCGGAGAUGCUCCAGUCGCACUCGGGCAUUCGCCAAGUGCGCGUGUACACGGGCCACCGCGGGUUUCUCCGGCUGGCGCUCGAGCACGGCACACCGCUCGUGCCUGUGCUUAGCUUCCAGGAAGGCGAGGUCCUCGACAACGUCCAGUACCCUGCGCUGCAGCAGUGGAGCGUGAAAAAGUUUGCCGUUCCGUGCCCGUUCUUUCCGUACGGACGCUUUUACCUCCCGAUCCCGCGGCGGGUGCCCAUGACGGUGGCUGUCGGCGCGCCGAUUCCCGUCACCAAGUGCGCCGCGCCGACGACCGACGACGUCCACCGGCUCCACGAGGUGUACUUUACAGCGCUCCGAACGCUCUUCAAUACGCACAAGGCGGCGGCCGGCUGCGACGAUUUUGAGCUCGUGUACAUUGAGCCCGCCAAGGACGUGUAGGGACUACAGCACAACUCUAUCUGAUAUAUAUAUAUACUUUUUUGAAUGAGCGA